CGGAUGGACAAUUGGAUCAAGUACUUUUCUUUGGACAAUGAUAUAGCUGCUAGCUAUGGUGGUAAACUAAGUGGAUAGGGACGACAAGGACACAGGUGGGUAACAAAUUGCUUUCUACAUGUAUUGACCACCUUCGCCGCCCUUGCCACCAUGGUAAUUGCCACCCUUGCUAUCGUGGUACGGCACCGAGGUCGGCACCGUGUGCUCAUAUCCGUAGUCAUGAGGAGGAUAGCCCUGAUAUCCAUUAUGGUUAUACGCGUCGUAUCCUCCUCCCUGAUGGUGCCCCCCAUACUGAUCAUACUGAUCAUACUGAUCAUACUGGUCGUACUGUGGCUCAUAUCCUCCAACGACACUUCCACCGCCACCGGGGCGGUUCUCAAAGGGCGAAGGACGAUGACCCCCUUGCAUGGGUCCACGCGAAGCCAAGGGAGCGCCGCUUGCGAUGGGUACAGGAAUCAUGGGUGGUGUCUGUGGACGCGCAGGCUUCUCCCACUGGUCAUCCAAUCCAACGUAAGUGCCGUCCAGGUCCAGGGGCUCAUGGCGACGACGACGGCGCUUCAUCAUAAACAUCGCAACCAUGCCUCCCGUAGCUGCAAAUCCAAUGAUGCCGAGCGAGAUUCCGAUGGCAGUGCCAUUGGGUCCAGAAUCUCCUCCCGACACAGGGGUAUCAGUCGAGUUAGUGGGCGUCGCCGUCGUAGUGCCUGUAGCGGUGCCAUUGACGGCUCCUGGAACGUUGCUGCCGCCAUUUGGGUUGGUUACAGGGGCGGUUGUAGUGCUGGGGUUGGAAGGCAGAUUGCUAGUGGUACCGGAUCCAGUCAUGGGCGUUGUGGUACCAGGAGCGAUGACACCAGUGUAGGGAGCCUUCCAUUCGUUGAUAGAGAU